ACACACUGUCAGUAACUGUUCAGUAUCAUCCAUCAAACAAAUACUACCAUCAAUUUGCGUGUCACCACAAAUUCAAGUACAAUGAUCGAUGUUUCCAGCACCAUUUUUAAAUAUCUUACCAAUUCAACAAUCAUAACUGGAGGCUCACUCUUGAUAAUCUUCUACAUCUUCAGUGAUUUUAUAAAGAGAUUUUUGACUCCCGCCCAACCCAUGACAGUAUCACAAGAAGAUAACGGAUUAUCUCGCCGUUCACGUAAAAGUUUGGUCACCGUACAUCAAACCGACACAAGAAUAUUCAAGGCGUCUGGAUCAACUUCCGGACUCGUCUCGCCCACCAUCCCGUUCGAGAGACGGAGUUUCAACAAAAUUGACCAACUACUCUCAAUAUCCGCAAGUAGACACGUAAGAAGAAUAAAAGCCAAGAUUCUCAAGAAACGCCAUUUGAAGAAUAACAAGAACAGUACUGCAAUUUUGGAGAGGAAGGAAACUUUGGAAGAUUUCACCGAUUACCAGGACGAUUUUGUACCGUUAGAAGCGUGUAAAAAAGAGUACAAAAUGGAAACUGUUCCUCAGGUAUAUACUUAUAAAAAUGACAGUGUUGAAAACGGCUCCAGCCAAAUAAAAUUAGAUUUCCUCGAUCAUAAAGAGUGGGCUAAAGAAACAGAACAAUUUUUAUAAGCAACUAACUUACUUUAAUUAACUGAAAAAUAAAGGAAUUAAUAUUAA